GAAGCGACGGAGCGGAAAAGCGCGAGAAGCGGCUGGGUUCCCUCCGCGCAGAGGCGGUAGUGACACAGGCACAACUGACGGUGGCAGAGGCUCAGCUGAUAAGGACUGGGGACGGCGGUGUCCUUGUCUUGCCUUUGUCGCUCCCGCCCCUCUCUUCCCUGGCUGGGCUGGCGGAGUCCGCGCCGAAGAACCUAAGGAGCCAUAUAUUGAAGACCAUGUCUGGAAGCUUCUACUUUGUAAUUGUUGGUCACCAUGAUAAUCCAGUUUUUGAAAUGGAGUUUUUGCCAGCUGGGAAGGCAGAAUCCAAAGACGACCAUCGUCAUCUGAACCAGUUCAUAGCUCAUGCUGCUCUCGACCUCGUAGAUGAGAACAUGUGGCUGUCGAACAACAUGUACUUGAAAACUGUGGACAAGUUCAACGAGUGGUUUGUGUCAGCAUUUGUCACCGCGGGGCAUAUGAGGUUUAUUAUGCUUCAUGACAUAAGACAAGAAGAUGGAAUAAAGAACUUCUUUACUGAUGUUUAUGAUUUAUAUAUAAAGUUUUCAAUGAAUCCAUUUUAUGAACCCAAUUCUCCUAUUCGAUCAAGUGCAUUUGACAGAAAAGUUCAGUUUCUUGGGAAGAAACACCUUUUAAGCUGAAUGCAGAAAAUUCCAAAAUAAAUGAUACCACCAGAGUGGUGUAUACUCAGGAAUGUGUACAUUGGCCCCCUGGCGAUGGCAGAAAUGAACCCAGCACAGGUUGUUGCCAUGGAGCUGAGGAUGAGGAGGCACCUUUAGAGCCAGGUGUUUCCGUAGGAGUGUCACAGGUCAUGGCUCCAAAACCCUGUCUAUCUACCCAGAAGACGCAACCGUGUGAGACAUGUAGCUCACUUCUGAAGGACAUUCUGCAUCUGGCUGAGCAUGACGGAUCACACCCCGAGCGGGGACUGUACACGUGUCCAGCACAUCUUCACCAGCACCGAAAGGAGCAGAUUAGAGAGAGACUUUCCAGAGGGGAUGGAGGAAGACCGACAUUUGUGAAGAACCACAGCGUUCACAUGGCAGGGAAGACCUUCUUGUGCAGUGAAUGUGGGAAAGCCUUUAGCCACAGACAUAAACUUGCUGACCAUCAGAAAGUCCACAUGGGAGAAAGACCUUAUAAGUGCAGCAAAUGUGGGAUAUUGUUCAUGGAAAGGUCCACACUCAAUAGACAUCAGAGAACUCACACUGGAGAAAGGUCUUAUGAGUGCAAUGAAUGUGGGAAGGCC